GCUGUACAAUCAGCACGGUCCCUUAACGUUACAUACAAACGCGCACUGACGUCCACGUGCCGCUAUGAGUCACGACACAAUACGAGGAAAUGCCCGAGACGAGAGGCCCCUUUAAAUGGACGCUUCAUCGCUGUAGUGCCGAGAGAGAGGGAGGGAGAGGGGGAGCGGCAGAGAGGGAGAGGGAGAGGGAGAGAGAUCUGAUCAACAACAACACUGCUCUUCUCUGCCGCCGCUUUUACUGGAUUCCGCCGUUUCCCGCGGCCUCCGUGAACAAGAGGUUACGAGGACUUUCCGUCCGAUCGGCAACAGUCCGCGGUGCGUCGUUCGCACGGUCGUCGUGUUGAAUGCCAUUGCGGAAGUGAGAGGCUUUUGGACACGACGCGAAGCCUUGCGCUGUGCGGACAUCUAGCGGCCGGCCGGGAGAAGGCUUCCUCCUCGAGAUGUACGGAGCAUCGGGUAUCCCGGAGCUCAUCCGGGCCAGCGGGCCGCCUCGGCAGCCGGGUCCGGCAGGCCAGUACGACCCGGGACACCCCCAGGUGAACGGCGACGGCGGCGGGGGCAACCCUCAGAGACUAGGGCAGAGGGCCCCCAAGCUGGGACAGAUUGGUCGAACCAAGAAAGUGGACUUGGACGAUGAGGACCUGGAUGACGUCAUGAACAACAACGGGCAGUGUCCCGUAUCCCUGUCGCCCAUCUCCUAAACUUCACCAAGAAGUGCAAUUUAAAAAAAAAAAAAAAAGAAACCUCGCAGGUCCCCGUCAGUGAUCUUGGUCUUGAUCCUGUCAUGUAUCUGACCGACGCGUCCGACGGCUCAUCCAGGCUCAAAAAAACGCCUCAUUUAGCGGCAGUCGAAGCCGAGGCCCUAACUGUACAUAUUGUUUAUUUAACGCCCCUUUGGGGGGACUGUGAGCGGAUUGUGUUGCGUCGCUCUCUGCUCUACACCUCGGCAGGCCGUAGAUUAUCAGGACUUGAGAGAAGGAAGUGUCUUUAUUCUUCAGAGCUUCUUAACAAGGGCUAUACGUUUCUAAAGUUGCACCGAGCAAAUGGUCUUUGGAGGAAAGCAGCUUCUCGCCUGCCUGUUUUCUGGUGAGGGUUUCUGGGCCUGUGGGUUUGAACACAGACCUCCUGAUGUCUUAACACACAGGUGAAAUGUUACGCUUUGGUUGUGCAAUGACUAUCGUUCUUUACUCUCACUCCAAUGCAAGUGGUGCACUAUUCAGUGGGCAAAAGGCAAAAAAAAAUGCCUGCUAAAUAUUUAUUGUUUCAAAAAAGGAAUGGGAAAAAACACGUUGUUGUGUUGUUAUGGCUUCUAAGUGUUUUUUACUUGUUUCUGAACGGAAGUUGCGUCAGACUUCUGUAACUUGAGAUUCAAUACGUUCCCAAAUGGUGCACUUUGUAGGAAUGCCUGUUAUGUGCCGUGAAAUGUUGCAGAAUUCUAUGCAUGGAGUCUGUUAAAGCAUCAAAACACGUAACUGGUAUCCUGUUAAUAAGGGCUAAUGUAGAAGAAUUUCAAACCGCAGCACCGUUAUGCUCUUUAGGUCAUGCAGAGUCAACAUUUUCCUGAGCUCCUUGUUGGCUCGGCCUGCUGACUCAGCAGUAAAAUGUUGUGAACAACAACGGAUUUAUGGAGGUUGUUGGCUUUCUAAGGCAGGGUUUCCCAGUUUGCAAGGCAACUGUGAUAAAACAUGUACAGUCGUAGUUCUUUUGAUUGAAUUGCCAAAAGGCAUUUGACGCUGUAUUACAACGAUGAUUGAAAUAGAUUGGCACGCAAAUAUAUGUCCUAAUGAACAACACUUUGUAUUGAUAUUUACAUCAGUAAUCUGCUUAAGCUACACCCAGAUGGUGUCAGGUUUUCUUUUGGGGUUCAAGUGAACUCUUUAAAGAUAAUACCAUCCAUUACUUCACAAUUACAGUAUGACAUCAUGAAAACAAGCAGCUCUCUAUUAUUCGUUCUCACUGCUGAGACAAUCUUAACACUGAAGCUUUUUGGUGAUUUGGGGGAUUUGCAGUGGAUUUUGUAAUGCCAUGCUACUGUCGCUGAAGGCUCACGCUGAUGUCAGUUACUUAGUUGGCUGUGAAAUUGUUACUUGUUGACUUUUACCUCUUUUUGUGUCAUGGAAGCACUGCAUUUCACAGCCCAAAUGACUCAGUGAUUGUCUUUGGGAUUGUGGCUAACUUUUGCAUGGAAAUGAUUGACUUUUCUUAAUGCAUCUCCAGAAAUUAAAAAUGAAUCUUUGUGGAAUUUGUCGAUAUAA